ACCUUUUUUUCCUGGAAAGAGUAACGCGUUGGGAACCUUUUACUCAGUCGUGAAUCGCCUUGAGUUGAGAGAAAACACGAGAGAUGAGAGGGUGUGGGGUUUUAAUAAUUCAAUAGGUUUCUUUGUUUCUAACUUUGUGCUGCUGGUCACUAAGAGCUUGGAGAAUGCUAACACCAUAAUGAAUCAAAACUCUCUCGCUUGGAAGAACUCUAUCCCACUCCGAGCUCAACUGCUUGUCUGAUUUAUCUUGCAAGGAAGGCUUAACACUAAAGAUAGACUGACCAGAUGUGGCAUACCACAAAUUGAGGAUGAUGGAUGUAUUUUUUGCAAGGAAGAACCGGAGACGUUGGAGCACGUCUUUUUUAGCUGUAGAAUCUCGAGUGGUAUAUGGUAGUAUUACUUUUUUUGCUCAAUGGAAUUUAUCCAUGUACUUGCCUAAGUACCCGAUGACAUGCUUCCUCUCUUGGCUGGACACUCCUCUUCAUAAAGCUAAUAAAAAGGCGGCGGGAGAUCUCUUUGCAGCGACAGGCCCAGAACCGCCAGGACGUUCCCGAUUUUGAUGUUAGAGAAGCAGUCAACCUAAGAGGAUUUGAAGCGCAGCGAUGGUUCGCGAAGCAGAAAGGAUGAUCGAUGUUCCCGACCGCUUGAAUUCGGACUGGUAUGUAUGCGCUAGACCUGCUGGGAAACAUUGUUUGUGGUGUCAUCUAACGGUUAGUUGGUUACGAAAUGGUUGCUUGCUGCAUCGUUUUCCAUCUGCUUUACCCAAUGGUGCCAGUACCAAUAAUAGCAGCAGAUUUUUCUGGUUGAGCAGCAAGCUUGCUGAGUCUGAAGCUUGCAAUGAUCCUUCACCUUACCAUAAAUACAGGUUCAUGACUCUGCUCGUAUACAGCUGCGACAAGGAGGGUCUAAAAGCAGCUUAUACUGGGCAAGUGUCGUAUGUGAAGGAUGGGCUCUUGUUUACAAUAAGAAAUACCCCUUUGGUAUUAGUCUGGAAGGAUGAGAGUUGUAGCCAAUAUGUUCUUGAUACAGAGAGUAAUGGGAAGAUUUCGAAUCAGCAACAGAGAGUGUUGGAGCUACUAGAUGAUGGGAGACUGGCUACCUUCGAUGAUCCUCCUGUUAUAUUGGGUUGCCUAGGCAAUGAUUUCGUCGAAAAGGUUUGUUUAAAUUUAUUUCUUAGAAUACAUAAGCAAAGAAGUUUCUGUCAUUGUUCAUUUCUGGAUUUACAAAUGAAAUUCGCUUCCAGAGGUUCCAUUGAUAAGUUAAUAUAAAAGA